UACCCCUUACUCUGUGGUCACCCCAUCAGUUUCAGAGUUGCGACGGGCAUCUAGCUGUGGUGGUGGUAUUAAACUGAGGCGCCAAAAAAUAUCAUAAAACUCCUCGCGACAAGGGACUGGCGCACAACAUUUUAAAGUAGGAUAGGCGGAGAUUCAGGUGACCGUGUUCGAGCAGGAGCAUUUCCAAGGCAAGUGUCAGGAGCUCACCACAGAGUGCUGUAACAUCCAGGAGCGUGAGUUUGACAACAUCCGCGCGAUCCGAGUGGAGAGUGGCGCCUGGGUGGGGUGUGAGCACCAUGACUUCCUGGGGCAACAGUUUGUCCUAGAGAAAGGAGAAUAUCCCCACUGGGAUGCCUACAGUGGCAGUCAGGGCUAUCAUGUGGAGAGGAUGAUGUCCCUGCGUCCCAUCUACAGCACUGACAACCAAAGCAGUCACAUGGUUAUCUACGAGAAGGAAAACUUUCUGGGUCGCAGUGUAGAGCUGUGUGAUGACUACCCUUCUCUGCAGGCCAUGGGCUGGGGCGAAACACAAGUGGGCUCCAUGCAUGUGCAGUGUGGCGCCUUUGUGUGCUAUGAGUACCCAGGCUAUCGAGGACAGCAGUACAUUAUGGAGUGCGACAAGCACAGUGGAGCCUACCAGCACUGGAAGGACUGGGGCUCGCACUGCCAGACCCCUCGGAUCCAGUCUAUCCGCAGAAUCCAGCAUUAAGUCUGAUAGAAUGUGGGAAGGAGUGGUUGGGAGAGAGGAAGAAAGAGUGUGCAAGCAGAGGAGUCACAUCAAUCAUUAUAGCAGCAGUCACUUUACGAGGUGCAGUGUGGAAAAUUUGUGAAACCGUCAGCGGUUGCACAUGGGUUCCAAUUAUGGCACUCUGAAACAUAUGCAGAAAGCUCUAGUACAACACAGACAGAGACAAAAAUUUUACAUUUCUAAUGCCAUGCAUAUACAGAUACACAUCAGUACCUCUACCAAGUGACAUUAGAAUUUGUAGUGAAAUACAUAACUUAAUUGGAAACACCGAUCUUGGCAUCAGCAUAUAAUGCUAUUCUUUCUAUACAUGGUUAAAUGACAUUGUGUUAAAUGGUGCAAUCUUUAUUAUUUGCAUUUAGAUUUUUUUUUCCUGCUGUUUACCACAACAAUUUCAGAAUAGAUCUGUCCAUCACUAGUUGAAAAGCACUGAUCCAUACAAUAGAAUCAAUGUCCAGGCCCCAAGGGACUCAAGAUUACUCGAUCAGGGCAAGAUGUGUAUAUGUAUAUGUAAACCUGUAAUGCUCUGUGACGUUUGAGUGCCAUAUGGGACAGAUGGGAGUGAGUGUGUUAGACCAUUCAUAGGAGAGGAGGAUGACGGUUGACUAAUAAAUGCAUA